CGUCCGCGGCCAUCCUUGUGCGGGGCGGCGCUUCUGCCGGCGUGCGGGCCGGAAUCCGCAGUGGUCUGCGGGUGAUGGAGCGGCGGGCGGGCUGUCGGCUUGGGCCAUGGAUGCUGUUACUGCUGCUGUUCCCGGUGCAGGGCCGCCAGAAGGAGUCAGGCUCAAAAUGGAAAGUAUUUAUUGACCAAAUUAACAGGGCUUUGGAGAAUUAUGAACCCUGUUCAAGUCAAAACUGCAGCUGCUACCACGGCGUCAUAGAAGAGGACCUCGCUCCUUUCCGAGGUGGGAUCUCCAGGAAGAUGAUGGCCGAGGUGGUCAGACGGAAGCUAGGAACCCAUUACCAGAUCAUUAAGAAGAGAUUAUACCGGGAAGAUGACUGCAUGUUUCCCUCCAGGUGUAGUGGUGUCGAACACUUUAUUUUGGAAGUGAUUCAGCGCCUCCCAGACAUGGAAAUGGUAAUCAAUGUACGGGACUAUCCUCAGGUUCCUAAGUGGAUGGAGCCAACCAUCCCUGUCUUCUCCUUCAGUAAGACAUCGGAGUACCAUGAUAUCAUGUAUCCUGCAUGGACAUUUUGGGAAGGGGGACCUGCUGUGUGGCCACUUUAUCCUACAGGUCUUGGACGGUGGGACCUCUUCAGAGAAGAUCUGGUAAGGUCAGCAGCACAGUGGCCAUGGGAAAAGAAAAAUUCUACAGCAUAUUUUCGAGGAUCAAGUAUCUGUGGAAUGGGUAAAUGGACCAAAAAAGGAGGAGAGUUUGCAGUUUUUAUGGUACCACCCACCCUCUACUCAACUCCUGGCGUGGACAGUGGACUUCAGAAUACAACUAGGACAAGCCCCGAAAGAGAUCCUCUGAUUCUUCUGUCUCGGAAAGAUCCCAAACUGGUUGAUGCAGAAUACACCAAAAACCAGGCCUGGAAAUCUAUGAAAGAUACCUUGGGGAAGCCAGCUGCUAAGGAUGUUCAUCUGAUAGAUCACUGCAAGUACAAGUAUCUGUUUAAUUUUCGAGGUGUAGCUGCAAGUUUCCGGUUCAAACAUCUCUUCCUGUGUGGUUCGCUGGUCUUCCAUGUUGGUGAUGAAUGGGUAGAAUUCUUCUACCCACAGCUGAAGCCAUGGGUUCACUACAUCCCAGUCAAAACAGACCUCUCCAACGUCCAGGAGCUGUUGCAGUUUGUAAAAGCAAAUGAUGAUAUUGCUCAGGAAAUUGCUAACAGGGGAAGCCAGUUCAUCAAAAACCAUUUGCAGAUGGAUGACAUCACCUGUUACUGGGAGAACCUCUUGACUGAAUACUCCAAAUUUCUGUCCUAUAAUGUAACAAAAAGGAAAGAUUAUUAUCAGAUCACUCCCAGACUUUUGAAAACUGAACUGUAGUAGUCAUCAGAGGACUGGAAUCCUGACAGUGGAUCUGGGAUGCUCUGUGGUGAAAUACCAUGAGUGUGACACCUGUAUUUUGAACACCUUCGGUCAAACCAAACAUCCAGUUUUCCUUAUCAUGUUAUAUCUGGAGGGACUCUUGAGAAAGAUCUAAAAUGUGUUUAAUGAACAGAAAUGAAACAGCUCAGCUCUUUGAAAUCAUGAAAUAAGGAUUUGGAACGACAUUCUAACUUUCAUUUUCUUAGGAUCAAUCACAGCUUGUGCCUCAGGUCAUCUACAUGUAUCAUCACUGUGAAAUUGACUGGGUCCAGGCCCUUUGUCCUGUCAUUUGGAGCAGACCAUCCAUCCUUCGGUGCAGUUCAUAUCUGCAACUCUGAAGUCAUUCUAGGCUUGAUGUCUGUUGCUUUAUUUUAAUGUAGAAAUCCUCUGGGCUUUGAAAAGCCCCACGGUGAUCAUUUCCGGAAGCGUCUAAGGAUGUAGUGGCUGCGCCGUGCGGCACUGUUGGAGUUCUCUUUUGUAGAGCCUAACUUCUUUGGCACUCAGGAGGCUUCUCUAAUGCUUCAAUUGCAUGAGUAACUUUUGCAGGUGGAUUUCAAGUGCCCAUUUUGUGCCUUCGUGUCCUUUUUAUUCUCUCUCUAAAAGAGAGAGAUAAAGAGAGAAAUUUCUUAAUACAUUUAGGAAGCAGUCUUGGUUAAAACAAAACAAUGUCCCUGUAAUACUAGCACUUCUGAAGUAGAGGCAGGAGGAGGAGUUCAUGGCCACCCUCAGCUACACGAGAGUUCAAGGGCAGCCUGGCUACAUGAGGUCCUGCCUUAUAAACUCUAACUCACCUUUUGCACACCUUUGAUUUUGCCUUCUUAAAUUAGUAGCAGCAGGACCAUCUCAAUUUGCAGAGACCAUAAUCUUCAUAUGUGAACACAUCAUAAAGUGGCAGUUUAUAGAGCAUUUAAUUUUCAUUUUUUACUCCCAUAGGGGAUAUUUUAGUGUAAAUCAUUAUUGGAGUACUUCCUUAUUCUGAGAAAGAUAUACAGACAGUUUAUUUCAAGUUACAGCUCCAACAUCACCUUUCUGAACCUCAUUCUUGGCAGUUAGGGACUAUUGUUACAAUCUGCUCAUGCCUGUAUUAUGUGCUAUCUCACUGCGUUGUGGUUACUGGCUAUUUCUUUCAUUGUUCUGUAAGCUUAUUGAUGGUGAGAAUGAUGUUUCACUGCUCUUGAUGUCUCCAUUAUCCAGCACAGUGCCUCACAGAAUAAUUACUGAAGAACUAUUGGGGGGAUGGGUGAGUAGGGGGUGGAUUGAUACAUUUACUUGGCUUAACUAAAUUCUAUUUUUAAACUGCUCAGUUACUGGCUGAGGGGAUGAGAUGCAUUGUAAGAAAUGGAUCAAUACAGAUCCUCACUUGCCCUCCCAAGUAGCAAGGGGUAUCUUUGUUUUAAAAACAAGUUACUCAGAUUUUAUACUUACCUGUGUACCUCAGUGUAGAUGAUAUGAGAAUGACAUGUAACACCAUGGAAAGUGUAUGCUUUUGAAAAUAGUUUGUGUGCUCACACUUCUGAAGAUUUUGUUAUUAUUCAUACUAGCUCAGUCCCAAACUUACCAUUUGCUCCUCAAAAAAUUCAUUCUCUCUACUGUGGAAAAGGUUACUGUUGUUUUCAAUAUAACCAAAUAUAGUAUGUUUUCUAAGA